AGAGAGAGAGAGAGGGAGAGCCACCUUCCGAGUCAGAUUGCCAAAAAGCGUUGUAUCAGCGAAAAUUCGCAGACACUUCGGCGAAGCUUCUUGGAUACUCAAAAACCACAAGGCUCUCCUAAUUUUUCUCGCAGGCUUUUCACUUUUCGCGCUCGCCUUUUACUUUUCUUUCAUUGUCUUUUGCUUUCUCAUCCACUCGAAUCCGAGACAAAGUUUUGUUCUCCCUUGGAUUCCCAAACCUCAGUUUGGUUGCAGGGAAAGCGGAGGAAAAUAAAAAGAAACGGAGUGCUCGAGUGUGUUUCUUUUUGUUGCUUUCUAGCUAGAGCUUGAAGGUUGAAGUCAAAGUAGUAAGUUUACUAUUAUUUAGUUGGAAAGGCUAUUGUUUAUUGUUUUGUUAGACUUUCUCCUUUGGAUUUCAACCUGCGUUUGGUUGCUGAGAAAGGAAAGGAAAAGAAAAGAAAAUCGAAUUCUCGAGUGUUUUUGGGUUUGUUUGUUUCUAGAGAGUGAAAGUUGAAGUCGAAGCAACAAGUUUGUUAUUAUGUAGUUGGAAAGGUGGUUGUUUAUUGUUUUGUUAGAGUUUCUCCUUUGGAUAAAGCUUUGGUUGCUGAGAAAAAGAAAAAAAGAAAGAAAGAAAUUGCGUUCUCGAGUUUCGCUCUUUGUUUGUUUGUUUUUAGAAAUAGAGAGGAGUUUUGAGUCAAAGUUUUGUAACUGGAAAGUUCAUAUUGUGUAAGUUUCUUAUACUUUCCCAACAGCCAAACAGGGCGGUUAGUUUGGUGUCAUUGAAAAUGCAAACGAGGUAUAUAGAAAGAUCAAACAGUAUGGUGAGGGAGAAGCGAGGUUUGGAUUCAACUUCAGCUGAAGAAGGCCAGCCUGAUAGGAAGCGACCUGCUUUAGCUAGUGUAAUUGUCGAAGCCCUAAAGGUGGAUAGUCUCCAGAAACUUUGUUCGACAUUGGAGCCUAUUCUUCGGAGAGUUGUUAGUGAAGAAGUGGAGCGUGCUUUAGCAAAACUAGGCGCUGCCAAACUUACUGGGAGGACUUCUCCUAAACGUAUAGAAGGGCCUGAUGGGAAAAACUUGCAACUACUUUUCAGUUCCAGGCUGUCGCUUCCUCUUUUUACUGGUGGAAAAGUAGAAGGGGAGCAAGGUGCUGCAAUUCAUGUUAUUUUGAUUGAUGCAAAUACAAGGAACACUGUCAUAUCGGGUCCAGAAUCCUCGGUGAAGCUAGAUGUUGUUGUGCUUGAAGGUGAUUUCAAUAAUGAGGAUGAUGAUAACUGGACUCGAGAAGAUUUUGAGGGUCAUGUAGUGAAAGAGCGCGAAGGAAAGAGGCCACUUCUGACUGGGGAUUUGCAAGUGACACUGAAGGAUGGUGUAGGAACACUAGGUGAUCUAACAUUUACUGACAACUCAAGCUGGAUAAGGAGCAGGAAGUUCAGGCUAGGACUUAAGGUUGCCACAGGCUAUUGUGAGGGCACUCGGAUACGUGAAGCAAAAACAGAAGCAUUCACUGUUAAGGAUCACCGGGGAGAGUUAUACAAGAAACAUUAUCCACCUGCAUUAAAUGAUGAGGUUUGGAGAUUGGAGAAAAUUGGCAAAGAUGGGUCAUUCCACAAGAGGCUGAACAAAGCUGGAAUUUAUACAGUUGAAGACUUCCUGAGACUUGUGGUUAGAGACUCGCAGAGAUUGCGGAAUAUUCUUGGAAGUGGCAUGUCGAAUAAGAUGUGGGAUGUUCUUGUAGAGCAUGCAAAAACUUGUGCUCUAAGUGGGAAACUUUAUGUGUACUAUCCUGAAGAUGAGAGGAAUGUUGGUGUUAUUUUCAACAAUAUCUAUGAGUUCUGUGGCUUGAUUGCCAAUGGAGAAUAUCACCCAGCUGAUUCUCUUUCAGAAAAUCAGAAGGUCUACGUGGACACCUUGGUGAAGAAGGCAUACGACAAUUGGAUGCAUGUUAUAGAGUAUGAUAGCCAGUCACUUCUGAACUUUAGGCAGAAUAAAAGUCCAGGUGCUUCUCAAACUGAGGUCCCAAUGAACUCACAAGAUUAUUCAAACCUGUUUGAUCAGCAGUUCACCCUGCCAAGCCUACCCGUUCCAGUUCCUUCAGAGCAUCCUUCUGUGGAUUCAGCAGGCCUUACAGUUGGAGGAUACAAUGAUAGCAUGGCAACCAGAUUCUCGCUACAGUCUCAGAAUGUAAAUCUCAAUGCUCCUAUUCAGUUUGAUGGCGCUUCAUUUCCUCUACAGAACCCUCUGAUCAGUGCUUCCCACCAAGCCCAAAUUCCAAGAAGUGAAAAUGUACUGGCCCUUGGUACAACACAGCCGUCCACAUCGGGCUUCCAGACCACCGUUGGUGCAUCCAAUCUUUCUUCUUACAGGGGAGUCGAAGACUAUUUCCCAGAGGAAGAGAUUCGUAUGAGAAGUCAUGAAAUGCUUGAACAUGAAGACAUGCAGCAUCUGCUUCGUAUGUUUAACAUGGGAGGCCAUGCUCAUGCCUCGGUUAAUAUGACUGAAGAUGGAUAUCCUUAUUCAUCACACAUGGGCACCCCAUCUCUGAACUACAACUUUGACGAUGACCGUUCUCGUUCAUCAGGAAAAGCUGUCGUUGGGUGGCUGAAGCUCAAGGCAGCCCUGAGAUGGGGCAUCUUUAUUAGGAGGAGGGCUGCUGAGAGACGGGCUCAGCUUGUUGAGUUGGAUGAUUCGUAGACAUGGUCUGAGAAGCAAAGCUGAUCCGGUUUUGAUGUAAUAUUCUUUUUCUUCCCUGCCUGCCAAUUCCUAUCAUGCUGAAGUUUGUAACAUGACAAGAAAUGGUCAUGGCUUGGUCAAACAAGAAAAAGAUUGUAUUCCUGGGCUUUAGAUUGAUGGGUGGAGGCUGUGGAGCUUGACUCUGAGCUAACCAGUUUCCUGUAUACUGCUACCCUGUACAGUAAGCUUCCAUCUUCUGUUAAUAAGUACCCAUAAAAUGUUGUCCUCCCAACAUUCUUGUCCUGCUAGUACCAUAGACCAACAGAGCUGAGCUGUUUCUACCGAAGAUGUUUGCCGACGUGGCGGCGAUAGAAGAUUUUAGCAAGGAAUCUUCCAAAAGGUGAGAGUUAGCAUUGGUCAUUUUGAAUACAUUUGGAAAUGACCAGGGUCCGUGGUAGGUACAUUAAUUGUGUGUUAGUUUGAAUAGGAAAUGUAUCUUAUGCUCUUAAUUGUAGUAUGUUGGUUGAAAUCCAACAUAAUUAUUUUACCUUGUAUGUUGUCGCCUUGUGACAGGAGAACAAUAAGUUAAUUGUAGUGAAUUAGUGAUAAAAUUGCCGGAUCA